AGCCGCAUCGGCCCCCGCGCGCGCGCAGCCACAGGGCCGCGGCAGCCACCUCAGGAGCGAACGUAGGAGCCGCCAGGCUCGGGGCGGCGCGGGGAGUCCAGGAAGUUGCGAGGCGAUGCCGCGCCGCGUCUUCCUGGGGGCGCUGCUGGCGUGGCUGCUGGCCAGGUCGGAGGGGACUCGCCUCAACUCCGGCCUGGUGGCCACCAAGAGCAGCGGCGGCCUGGCCCACGUCGGCAACGCCACGACAGCCUCCCGGGGCACGGGCGUGAACGUCGAGGUAGUAGAGAGGCAGUCUAUCUCCAAGACGAUGAAGGACGGCUGCAUGUGCCCCGAGGGCUUCUUCUGGCACUGGCGGAUCGAGCAGUGCGUCCAGCAGGGAGGCUGGGGCUACGAGUGCGGCUUCUUCCCUGCAGAGCACCACCAUCGCGUCUGCCAGGACGGCCUGGCCUGCAAGAAGGUGCACCCGCCGACCGAGGACCUGUACCACUCCUACGGCAAGUUCCUUGGCACCGCGAACUCGCACCCGGCGUCGUGCCAGAAGUGCACCGCCGAGGACCACUGCAAGGUGGGCGCGAAGCGGCACCAGGAGGAGUGCAUCUCGGGCGCCGGCCUCUCGGGCGAGGCGCAGGCGACGGUGAAGGUCACGGUCACCGAGAGCGCCUCGCACACCGCCUCCGCUUCGCACACCGUCGGCGAGCACACGGCGACGGCCGAGCACACCGCCACGGCCGAGGUGGUAGGCACCGCGGAGGGGUCCGGCGUUGCCUCGGUGGACGAGGCGCAUCGGCAGCAUGUGCGGACGGCGUUGGUGCAGUUCGAGGUGGUCCCCGAUGCGGUCAAGGACGCGAUGGACCUCACGGGCCCCGUUUCGGUCCAGGUGCGCUCCCUCCUCGCCAGCUCCGAUGCUGGCAACACGGGCGCCGGGCUCACGGAGCAGGAGAGCCUAGCGGAAACGGACGCCCACUCCCUCAAGGUGGUGGCCGUGAAGGAGAGGGUGCUGCAGAAGGCAGUGAUGGUGCCCACUUUCGCCGCGGAGCUUGAGGGCAAGGGCGCGGACAAGGAGCAGGAGCCACCGAAGGCGGCGCAGCUGAUGCCGAGGGCCGAGGUGACUGGCGGCCAUGCGGCUGGCGCGGAGCCUGACCCUGGGGACGCCAUGGCGGCUCUGAGUGUGGAGCUGGCCAUGGACGCCCUGGCCCGUGCGGAGGCCGAGUUCGCAACGCCGCUAAGGAGCUGA